CCCAGUGGAGAAUGGUCAGCUGCCAGACCCGUCCAACUGGGGAGUUACCGACGUCGUCAAUUAUUUUAAAGCAACAGGGUUUGAGGAGCAAGCUACAGCUUUCCAGGAUCAGGAAAUCGACGGAAAGUCCUUGCUCCUGAUGACRCGUAAUGACGUCCUAACGGGGCUGUCGAUAAAACUCGGCCCAGCGCUGAAGAUCUACGAGUACCACGUGAAGCCGCUGCAGACUCAGCACCUGAAAAGCAACGCCUCGUAGCACCGCCGAUCGUUCCCGCYCAACCACCUCAGUGACAAUCAUCAGUGUCAGGUGACCCCUCUCCUGGUGAGCUCCGGCUUCACAAAGACUCCACUGCCCACAGUGGCACCUUAGACAGGAACCCCCCCUCCAAAAAAAAAUGGUUGGCACAAGGUGUCCACUCAGCUGUUUACCCUUUCAGCCAUUUGUAUUUCUGCUGCUUGAGAUAUGUAUUUUUUGUGUGUUUUUAUUUAAAAGAAAGAAACUUUGGAGU